AUGCCUUCCAACAUGGGCAUGGCGUCUCUUCUCGAGCUCGAAUACGAUAAUGCGGUAUCGCCAGGAGUAAGAUCAGUAGACGAUCCUGCGAAAAGUCCCAUUGCUCGCUACCAAUCGACCGGCCUUUAUCUUAGCAGUGGCAUCAUAGCCUGCCACACCACUAUGAAGGAGCGCAUCAUGAAUGAUGAGUCUCUGCUUUACCAACUUCCUGAGCGGAAUCCCGUCUUACCGUCCAUCUACCGCUAG